UGCCGCGCAUGCGCGCCGGCGGCUGUACGGAGCGUGGGGGAAGAAGAGGGGCAAGAUGGCGGCGCCCGGUGGCGGGGUGGAGGCGGCCGAGGAGGCGGCGGACCCGGCCCUGGGGAGGCUGGAGGAAGAAGCGAAGCGGCGGCGGGAGCGGCUGAGAGCCCUGCGGGAGCGCACGCUGCAGAAUAAGGACAGUGGUGAACGCGAGAACAAGCAGCCUAGAGAAGAUGACGAGGAGGAGACCGUCAAGCACAAGGAGCUUAAACUGCGAAACUAUGAGCCCGAAGAUGAAGAGCUGAAGAAGAGGAAGAUGCCCAAGGCCAAGCCGGUCUCAGUGGAAGACAAGGUGAAGGACCAGCUGGAGGCCGCCAAGCCGGAGCCCAUCAUCGACGAGGUGGACCUGGCCAACCUGGCACCCAGGAAGCCGGACUGGGAUCUGAAGCGAGAUGUAGCCAAGAAACUGGAGAAGCUGGAGAAGAGGACGCAGAGAGCCAUCGCUGAACUGAUACGAGAGCGGUUGAAGGGGCAGGACGAGGAGCUGGCGUCCGCCGUUGUGUCAGCAAAGCAGGAGGGAAGCGACUCCGACUGAGCGGAUCCAUCCCGCCCCCAUCCCGUUACUCCGGGUGGAAGCACCUCAUUGGGACACGCUGCUCCCCAACGCUUUGCCGGGAGCCCACAAAUCCCACCCAGCCUGAAGGAGAGGAACAGAUCCAAGGAGCUGUGCUGUCCUCCCUCUGACCGUUCCUCUGUCGGGGAACAUUCACAGGUGGCUUUUGGGGACCGUGUGGGGCUGGUGGGAGCAGGACAAACACCCACAUCACCUUGAACCUCAGCUGCCAGGACUUGGAGCAAGGAAGGUGAAAGGGCCGGUGCAACAGGAGGUAAAUUCAGUCCUAACUCCCCUCUCACUUGAUGGGUGAGCAACAGGAUGCCUGGACAACCAAGAGCAGCCCUUGGAGAGGCACCACCAUUUCCCAGGGGUCUGAUGCUCCUGUCCCUGUGCUGAGAUCCCUUUUUCACGCUGCUCCUUCCUGCAGAAUUGCUGCCAUAGCUGCCACACGGGGAACAGCGACGUGUCUCGCUCUGGAGAGCUGGCUGUGAGUAUUUGGGAACAUCCGUGGCCCAGCUGAGGUUGACGUGGGGUUUGUUCUGUUUCCUGGAGUUGUCCCGACCCUCCAGGCUGUGCAGUAUGUACUGCUCCUCUGUGUGUUUUAUAAUUGAUAAAGUUUGUUGGUAACAAAUCUUUUCAUAAUAAAACCAUCCCGCAGUGGAAGAA